AUGGAAGUCUCACAUAAUCAAGCACCUUUGCAACAAGAAUAUUUUGAUAAAUACAAUGCUGGGGGUCCCCUCAACUGGGAAAUUGGUCGACCCCAAUCAGCCGUAUUACAUCUUGUUCAGAGUGGUUUCUUUUCAGGUCGUGUACUUGACAUUGGCUGUGGUACCGGAGAGAAUGCUCGCUGUAUUGCUAGACAGAGAAAUUUUUCAAGCCCUGUGAAGGUUGUGGCCGUUGAUUUGGUACCCAAGGCUAUUGAAAUGGCCAAGAAACAAACGGAUCCAAGUGAAUUUACAAACUUGACUUUUACUGUUUUUGACGUACUCAACGAAGACAAUAAGACUGAUCUAGGUCGAUUUAACUUUGUUCUGGAUUCAUGUCUCUUUCAUGGACUUUCCGAUGAACAUCGGCAGAUCUAUAUACGUCAACUUCAUCGAUGGUUAAAACCGGGAGGCGUCUACGUACAGUUAGCAUGGAGUGAAAAGGAAACAUUAGAGCGACCAUCUGGUCCACGAAAGAUCACUAGAAGUGAUCUCGAACAAUUGUUCUCUGUUAACAAUGAGUGGCAAAUCGAAAGUAUUAGCGAUGACAUCAUCGACAGUAUUCCAGAGAUCAAUAAAGGACGUUCUAGUGCUUACUUGUCAUUAAUUCGGAAACUAUAA